GAAAGAAAUGCAAGAUUUAUGUCAAUAUCAGAUUGUGUAUAACCAAACAAAUUUUAACGUUAACGAUGUCCGGACAAGCAGGGUUUUUUGCAGAAAGGAAUAAAAGGGGUAAGAAAUUCGGCAAUCACAACAAGAAUCUGAGGAAGAGAUCGUCGUCUCCUUCACCCUCUGCAGAGACGAUGGACAACUCCAAACAUCCAAAACAUCUCAAAGGCAGGGAGAUUGGAAUGUACUAUGCAUUUCUAUCCAAGCAGAAGAACAAGAAGGUCUCCAUAAAACCGAUUGGAAAUGUGUUAUUGCCAGAGUCGAAGCAGAAGGAGAUUCAAAAAUUGUUAGAAGCAACAAAAGAUGCACCAUUCAACAAACACAAUGUGAACUCCAAGUUUGAAACGAAUUUCAUGAAGGUCCUCCAUGGUAAUAUCAAUGAUAAACUGUCUGAAGUGAAAACAUUUGAGUCAAACAAAAAUGCAGACCAGUUAUUGCAAAUUGAGUAUUCCAAGAAGCAGACUGAUCCGAAGUACAGACAUAUGCAGCAGCAAAGGCAGAGACUGCCUGCAUAUAAAAUGCGCUCUGAAAUAUUGAAAGCUGUUGCUGAAAAUCAAGUUGUUAUCAUCAGUGGUGAAACUGGCUGUGGAAAAACCACACAGGUGUCUCAGUUCAUCCUUGACUCACAUAUGGAAGCAGGGACUGGAUCUCAAUGCUGCAUCAUUUGUUCACAGCCAAGAAGGAUUUCAGCUAUUUCUGUGGCUGAGAGAGUAGCUGAAGAAAGGGCUGAGGAUUUGGGACAAAGUGUUGGAUAUCAAAUUCGUCUGGAAAACGUUUUGCCAAGAAAUCGCGGGUCUAUAACUUUUUGCACGACUGGUGUAAUUUUAAAGAAGAUGGAAACUAAUUUGAGUUUAUCUGGUAUCUCGCAUUUGAUACUCGAUGAAAUCCACGAACGCGACGUACAAUCAGAUUUUCUGAUAACUCUGUUGAAAGAAGUCAUCAAGAAGCGUAAAGAUCUGAAAGUGAUUCUGAUGAGUGCCACAUUGAACGCGAAAGCAUUUGGCGAUUAUUUCAAGGUUGCGACUCUAACUGAAAUACCUGGGUUCACCUAUGAAGUCACCGAAUACUAUUUGGAGGACGUUAUUCAUAUGACUAACUUCGAGUUUCCACCUGACAAUCGAAGAUUUUUAAAGAAUAAGAACGCAGAUUUCGAAGCACUUAUCGAGCCUUACGUUAGGAAGCUGAUGAGAGACAAGGAGUAUCCGAGACGUGUGUGCAACGAGUUGAUGAAGAAAGGUUCAGAAGAGUUGAACUUGGAUUUGAUCAUGGAGCUGAUCAUCAUGAUUUGUAACAAGGAAAAAGAUCCGGGAGCAAUUCUGGUAUUCCUGACUGGUUACAGCGAGAUUUCCCAACUGAACACGAUGAUGUCCAAGUCUGGGAAGUUUUCCAAACACCGAUACCUAAUUAUUCCUUUGCAUUCGCAAAUGCCAUCAGUGGAACAAAAGUUCAUCUUUCGGCCACCUCCGCCGGGCGUGAGGAAGAUUAUCCUCUCCACAAACAUCGCAGAAACGAGUAUAACCAUUGACGAUGUUGUCUUUGUCAUAGACUGUGGAAAAAUCAAGAUAAGCAAUUUUAAAGUCGAGACUAAUCAACAAACGUUGAUGCCCGAAUGGGUUUCUAUUGCCAAUGCGAAUCAAAGACGCGGUCGAGCGGGUCGUGUAAAACCAGGAAUUUGCUACCAUUUAUUCUCUCGUGGCAGGCAACAGUAUAUGGAGGCAUAUCAGAAACCAGAAAUUUUAAGAAAACGACUCGAAGAUGUUAUAUUGAUGCUGAAACUAUUGCAGCUCGGCAAAGCGGAUGCGUUUCUGGAAUCUUUGAUGAACCCACCAGAUUCAGAAGCCGUUUCGGUUUCGCUUGAUCUGCUGAAAAGGAUGAACGCGUUGGACGAGAGCGAGAAUUUAACACCGUUAGGAUUCCAUUUGGCUCGAUUGCCGGUCAGUCCGCAAAUUGGAAAGAUGAUCUUGCUGGGCUCGAUUUUCAGCUGCCUGAAUCCAAUUCUUUCGGUGGCGGCGUCUUUAGAUUUUAAAGACGCAUUCAUGAUGCCGCUCGGCUGCGAAAGGAAUGUAGAUCAGGUGAAGGUGAAAUUGGCUAAUGGCAAUAUGAGUGACCACAUGAUAUUCCACGAAGCCAUGACUAUAUUCGAGCGUACGAAUAACAAGAAACAAUUCUGCUGGGACCAUUAUCUUAGCCAUACCACAAUGAACCUUCUGGAGAACAUGAAGAAACAGUUUGCCGAAUAUUUAUUCGACUUGAAUUUCGUGCCCAACUCAAACCCAAAGUGUUCAGAGUGCAAUGAGAACAGCGGAAACAUCAGUUUGGUGAAGGCUGUCAUCUGCGCUGGACUAUAUCCCAAUGUGAUUGUAAAUAAUCACAAAUUCAGCAAGCACGGUGUUAUCAACCGUUUCCAGACACUGGACAGGAAGAAGGUGAAGCUGCAUCCGAAAUCGGUUUUAAAUCAAGUAGAAAUCUUCGAAUCUCCACUCAUCGUGUAUUAUCUCAAGAUGAAAUCGAGCAAUGAUUUCAUCCACGAUGGAACCGUGGUCCAUCCACUUUCACUCUUGUUCUUCGGAGAUAGAUUCGCGGAGCAUAACGAGAGGAAUGAUAAGCAUUCUAUUAGCGUUAACGAAGGGUUGAGGUUUUGGUGCAGCGAGGGAACUGGAAAUAUAAUUGCUGCUUUGAGGGACAGGAUGAAUCUUUUCCUGAAAUGGAAAGUGGCUCAUCCUGGUUACGUCAAUUGGUCUUCAGAUGAAGACGGAGAAAUAAAAACGUUAAGGGCAAUCAUGGAAUUAAUCACAAGCGAAGAAUGUGGACGCAAUGAGCAUGACCCGGACGAGAGUUUGGACGAAGAUAAUGAUUAAAUAAAUUGUUUUAUUAAAUAACAUUCUCUUCUUAUCGAUGCGAAUGAAGUAGUUCAUACGGAAAGUCAUACUUGCACAAUACAUAUAUUAAAAAAGGUAAAAAAAAACUAUAUAUUAUAAUUAGUGUCAACUUAUAUUCUAAUUAUGAUAUCAUUAAUAUCUCAUUGCGCUUAUAUGUAGCAAUAAUAGAAGUACUAGAUGGUAGUUCGAUCUGUAUGUAUCUCACUUAUAUACUUUUUUUAAAAUAUCGAAGUAAACUAGUCUACAAAU